CUUUCCGCUAUAUAGCAGAGACUUGGGGAUGAAGAAGAUUGUAUUGACCGUGCUGACUGGGGAGUUAUGAGGGACACAUGCACUGGUCAUCUCACGUGGUGCUUCUAGAGUAGCCUUCACCUUUGAGCACUGGGUGGGGUUACAUGGAUGUGGGAACAGUUUAGCGGUAUGCCGAUACUCUUAGCUGUUAUAUAAGAGACACGCCAUUGUUGCCAAGCACUGUCGUCAUCAGCCGAAGCAACUCGAACACUGUCUUACAACGGCGGAACUUUGGAAGUAUCCGCAAACUCAUCGACCAAUUUCAGAGGUACUCUGUGUCGGAACCCACCCCUCAACCAACCAAAAUGAGCUGGGGAUACGAGAAGAACAACGGACCCGCCCUCUGGCACGAGAACUUCCCCGUCGCCAAGGGAAACCGCCAGUCGCCUAUCGACAUCAGUACCAAGGCCUGUCAAGUGGACAACCAGCUCUGCUCCAAGCCUUUCCAGAUUAACUACUCCACCGAGAAAAACGCAGAGGUGUCCAACACCGGCAGUUCCAUCAAGGUGCAGAUCAAGGAAGUCUCAGAGAUUAAAGGGGGUCCCCUGGAGGGCACCUGGCGCCUGGAACAGUUUCAUCUGCACUGGGGCUCCAGCAACGACCGCGGCUCCGAGCACACUAUUGACGGCAAGACUUAUGCUGCCGAGCUUCACUUGGUUCACUGGAAUGCCAAGAAAUACGCAAGCUUUGGCGAGGCAGCGGACAAACCCGACGGUUUGGCCGUUCUCGGCUUCAUGGUCAAUGUAGGAAAAGAGCACGCAGGAUUCAAAACCAUCACCGAUGUCUGCUCUAAAAUCCAGGAGGCUGGUUCAUCAGUCAAACUAGACAAGGACUUCAACCCGUCCUGCAUGCUCGGGAAGCUUGACCAUUACUGGACCUAUCUCGGUUCAUUGACCACACCCCCUCUCUUUGAAAGUGUGACGUGGACACUCUUUAGUGACGUCAUCGAAAUCUCACAAGCUCAGAUGGACGCACUUAGAUCACUCAAAUUCAACAAUGGGAAAUGUAUGAUGGACAACUAUCGACCCCCAUGUGCUCUGUGUGGCCGUUCCGUCAAAGCCUCCAAGUAAACGGCGGCAGCUCUCUCCUCCCUCAUCACCCCGUAUUCAUCGAGUAGUGCAAUUAUUACUGACUUGCCUUUAGCAAUUCCAACUACUGAACCAUCAGUACCAUGGGAAGAUAUUGGUUUUAAGAUUUUCUACAUAUAUAUCUAUAUUUUUUUUCUAUUUAUAAAUGAAUAAUUUUUAACACAUUAUUUUUAAUGAUAUCAUAUAAUUUAUUAUGAUAAGAUUAAUGUAUAUUAACAUCCUACUAUGGUUAUAUUAUACCGUCUUUGAGGUGUCCUAUUGCACUAAACACUGUUAUUCUUUUUUGUUUGAAAUGUAUUUGGUCUAAAAUAUUUAAACUUUAUUCAAUAUUACAUAGUUGGUAGCGUGCAAUGAAACUUUCUUACUGAAAAAUUAAAAACUGAGCUUAUUGAAAAUAAAAUUAAUUUCACCAGAUUUUUAAAAGUAACAUCAGAAAGUUGGAUUCAUGUCAUUUAAUUCGUCACUCCUCGAAUGAAGUCAUCACCAUCAUCAUCAUCAUCAUCGUUGUAUUUUUAGUAUUACAAAGUGAUCUAGAAAACCAGAUUUUAAAAAAAAGUUUUAUGUAUAUUAUGUUGUAAAUCCUCAUUUGUAUCUUACAAAGACUUCAGUGUGACUUUUGACAAAUUUGUAUAUACAUAUAUAAUUGCUUCACUUAGUGCUAAUGACGUCAACACACCGUCAGCGGAUGUGUUGAUUGUUUUUGAAUAUGCAUUGCGCAUGCUUAGCUUUAUUAGCACUUAAAUGACACCACUUCUUGCUGUUGGUUAGAAAUGAUCACAGAGUGUAUAGAUGAAGGUUUUCGUCCCGAAUUCUGUUAGUAUUUUGUAUAUAUCACCUUUGUUGUCACAAGUUUGAUAGAACAAAUAAAAUGUUUUAGUUUCAAUAAA